AUGGUGCUGAUGGCCUUGCUGGGACUCAGCUGGUUCUGCUCGCCCCUGGGAGCUCUGGUUCUGGACUUCAACAACAUCAAAACCUCUGCGGACAUGCAAGGGGCUCGGAAGGUUUCACAGUGCAUGUCUGACAAGGACUGCAACACUAGAAAAUUCUGCCUCAAGCCCCGUGAUGAGAAGCCAUUCUGUGCUACAUGCCGAGGGUUGCGGAGGAGGUGCCAGCGAAAUGCCAUGUGCUGCCCAGGAACACUCUGCAUGAAUGAUGUCUGCACUACAAUGGAAGAUGCAGCCCCAAUACUGGAAAGACAGACUGAUGACCAAGAUGGCACAGACACAAAAGGAACAACUGAGCAUCCAAUGGAGGAAAACAAACCCAAGAGGAAGUCAAAUAUUAAGAAACCACAAGGCAGUAAGGGACAAGAGGGAGAAAGCUGUCUGAGAACCUUUGAUUGUGGCUCUGGACUUUGCUGUGCUCGUCAUUUUUGGACUAAAAUUUGUAAACCAGUCCUAUUAGAGGGACAAGUCUGCUCUAGAAGAGGACAUAAGGAUACUGCUCAAGCUCCAGAAAUCUUCCAGCGCUGUGACUGUGGUCCUAGACUAUUAUGUCGAAGCCAAGUGACUGGCAAUCGACAACAUGCACGGUUAAGAAUAUGCCAAAAAAUAUAA